AUGGACAACGUGGGCGUGCGGGCGAAGAGGAGGGAGAAGAAGCAUUUCGAUGCGCACCAGGACACCCGCUGCGUCUGGGAGGCUUUGGGCAGCGAGGGCCCCUCGCGCGCCACGUCGCGGAGCGCCUCGCCCUGCGCCUCGCCGCUACCGCCCGCGGGGCGUCCCCUGAACGUAGGCUACUACGAGUUCCACAGCCUGCAGAGCUUGGGCCGGCAGAAGCGGCCCCGUUUCGGGGGGCAGCCCUCGCAGGUGUGGCAGUGCAUGGGCCGGAAGGCGAGAAGCCUCUCGCCGCAGGACGGACCUGGACACCGUGGCGGAGUACGGCUUCACCAGACGGCGCUCGCCCACCAGCCUCUCAGGGCGGGAGCAGCUCCGACUGGAGUGGCCGGAGCCGCCUUCAGGUCGCAGCCCACGCACCCCGCGCAGCCCGUUGGCGAGCGGCCGUGGCCAGGACUCCGAGCAGGCGCGCGCCUGCCUUCAAGGUUUGGAUACUACGCAGCUGCCCGGCGUACCCCGCAGUGCGAGGAGUGUGAGCACACGCACCAGCGAGAGUCCAGCGCGACCACGUGA